AUGAAAGUAAAUGGCAGAAAUACCAUUACGAUCAGUUGCGACAACAGACGUAAUGGUAUCGACAGUCAGCGACGCCAAAAUGGUGGAACUGGUAAUAAUACAAGAGAAUAUUCCAGAAUUCAAAUAGACCAGUUAUCUAGUUGCUGGGAACGAUCUUUGAUGAACCGUCCUAACGAAGAACAACCUGUCAGUCACAAUGUAGGGACAGAAGAAAUCAGAGAGUUCUGGGCUACGAUGUGGAACUCGAAAAUGGAAGAAGACGAUGACAGUCGACACAAUGAAUAUCUGGAAUAA